AUGGCUCUCUUUUUCCCGAAGCGACUCGCGGCUUCCGACCUUUUGACGAGCGAGUGCUUCGACUGUCAAGAAGGCUUCGGUGACGGCGUCUUCCAAUGGCGGCUGUUGAUCCUGUGCACCAUCGCCAUUUUCUUGGUCAACGGGCAAAUAGUACUGAUUCCCGCCAUCUCGAGUGACGUGGACCACUGGUGCAAGAGACCGGCCGGAUCCAACAUCUCGGCGGAUGCGUGGAAGAAUGUUGCCAUACCCGUUGGAGCUGACGGACGCCACAGCCGCUGCUACGUAUUCGAGAACCCAGGGUACUCGGAAAACGACACAUUGGCUGUAGUCAAGUGCUACGAUUGGGACUAUGACAAGGCUCAAGCCUCGACAUCGCUAAUUACUGCCUGGAGCUUAGUUUGCGACCGACGUGCCUUGCUCGCCGUUAUAAUGGCGGCGCAACAAGUGGGUUCCGUCGUGUUCCUGCUGUUGUCCGGCACCGCGGCCGACCUUCUCGGCAGGAUGCCCAUUCUUCUAGUGAUGACGACAGCUGCGAUUGUGUCGACAGUAGCCGGUUGCCUGGCCACUGACUACGUAAUGUACACCUUGGCAGUGUUUUUUGUGUACGGAAGCGUGCUUGCCUGCGCCACCUGUACCGUGAUCGUCUCGUUUGAAGUCACCGUCCACGAACACAGACCGUUGUACAUCAUCUUUUCUGCGACAGCGAGCUUCUUGCUAGGGGACGUGUGGUUUGCGAUCAUCAGAGUUUUGAAACUCAGCUGGCAACUGAAACAAGCUGUGUUUCUUUCACCUACACUUGUUCUUCUCGCUGCGUUCGUGGUAGUGCAAGAAUCACCGCGCUGGCUGAUUGCGAAAGGGCAUCUGGAAGAGGCCGAAGCAGUGAUGAUGAGCGCAGCUGAGCAUAACCACUUUCCCUUGUCCGGCACAGCCUGUCUCAUGGACAAACUAAGGCGGGAUCGCUGGAAGUACCGGAACAGCGCCCCUGCGUCCGACCAUGAACGCCUGCUGCUCGACGCUAGAUCGGUCCGGCGGCGAGCGUUGACUAUGUUCACCUUUCUAUUCUCGCUCAUGUUUAGUGCCUUCACGGACGUAAUCUCGAUAAUGAUGCGAAGCGAUGACAACGAAGACAGGAGCGUUUGGUUUAUGGUGGUCGUGCUCGUUGGUACGCUGCUCAGUUACAUGGCAAUGUACAUGAUGGUUACCCGGUUUGCCCUGGUCAAAGUGCUCAGCGUCUCCUCUGCAGUCGCCGGCUGUACCCACUGCCUGCUGAGCUUUACCGCCAGCUUUUACUCCGUGGCCACCGUGCUACUCGCGCUCUCGCAUGGCAUUCUAGCCGUAGCCGUCGGAGUGAGCAUCGCGUACAUCAUGGAGAUAGUCCCUACUGCCGUGCGCGGUGUGGCCUUGUGCUGGGCACUGGCCUGUGGAAGCGUCGGUGUCGGCUGCGCGUGUUCGACGUUUGUGCUGCAGCAGCUGGGUCGCGAGGACGUGGCAUUCGGUACGACUGCCCUCUUGCUCGUGGUGUCGCUGUUCGUGAUUUCCGACCUGCCUCCUCCUGCAGGAAUCGAGUGCGCUGUCAGCGACGUCGCUGCUAAGAGGCACGCCUCAUUCUCCAGCAAGGCCUCCAUUGACCACAUGAAGAAGUCGCUCGAUAGUUGUCCUGUGGGCAAGAUAAGUCCGAUGAGUUUCAGGAGCCAGAGGAGCUUGGCCGAUGGCUCGCUGCGUACGUCUUCGGGACACAGCGACACGCACAAUUUUUGA